AUGGAAAAUUUGAUUUUUGAGGCCUGUAUAGAUUCUGUGAUAUCUGCUAUAAAUGCAGAAAAAGGUGGCGCGUCUCGUGUUGAAUUAUGUGAUAAUUUGAUAGAAGGUGGAACUACACCAAGUUUAGGAAUGAUUAAAGUGACUCUGAAGAAGAUUAAAAUCCCUGUUAUGGUUAUGAUUCGACCAAGAGGUGGAGAUUUUUGUUACAGUGAUGAGGAAUUUGAUGUGAUGUGCUUAGAUAUAGAGUCUAUAAAAUCACUUGGGGUACAUGGAGUUGUUUUUGGUAUUUUAAAACCUGAUGGAAGAGUUGAUAUUGAAAGAGUAUCAAAAUUAGUUGAAGUUGCAAAACCAUUGAAAGUAACUUUUCAUAGAGCAUUUGAUAUGACAAACGAUCCAUAUCAGGCACUUGAAGAUAUAAUUUCAAUUGGUAGAAUUGAACGAAUACUAACCAGUGGUCAUGAUAGUUCUGUAUUGGAAGGUUUAGAAACAAUCAAAAAACUUGUGGAUAUUGCUAAUGACAGAAUAAUAAUCAUGCCUGGUGGUGAGAUUGAAAAUCCUUUAGGAAUCCGUGAGACAAAUGUUACCAGAAUUUUAAAGGCAGUAAAUUUAAAGGAACUUCAUGUAUCUGCCAGCGUCGAUAUUCCAUCCAUCAUGAAUCACAAAAUUCCAAAUAUUCAUAUGGGCGGAUCUUUUUAUAAAGAUGAAUAUUCUGUAAAAGUUCUUAGCGAACAAAAACUUUAUUCAUUAAUAAGAAAUGCUGCAGAAAAUUAA